CUCAACGGCUGUCACAGCCCCUCCUUUCUCUGAAAGUCCAUUAUCUAAUAUCUGGACUUGACAGCUUUGCCAUCCACCGUGAAAGUUUCAGGAUGAAUUCGAUCGUCGAAUUCUUCCCUGAAGACGACCGCCACCGUUGCGGAUAUUGCAAAUCUGAGGAUGGCAGCGUCACAAACGGCAUGUGGGCACACAGCUUAUCGGUGAGAAACUACCAGGAUCUCCUUGACCGAGGAUGGCGGCGGAGCGGCAAGUACUGCUACAAGCCGAUUAUGCGGAACACUUGCUGCCCUCUCUACACGAUCAAAUGUGAUGCUGUUAACUUCAAUCUUACCAAAUCGCAGAAAAAAAUAUUGAGAAGGGUCACUAAGUUUUUAAGAGAAGGAACAGCACCCACAUCUGAGUGCGGAGAUAGAGAUUCAUCAAGCGGUUAUUUGAGUGAACGCAAAAUGCUAAAAAGAGCAUCUGGAAAGUGUUCGAGUAACGUCCGGGGGGUCAACUCGUAUAGGGAUGACACAAUCUCUGACUUGACUUCCACUGUGACGACAUCCGGUGAUGCUUUCACCUCGAGAACACAUCAUUCUUCAGGUGUCGUGACAGAAUCGAAAGCGGAAAUAUCAGAUAAAUCGGAAAAGACUGUUACAGUAGAUUCAAAGACUAGAAGUGGCCUUGGAAGAGAUCCGUCAAAGCCUCAGUGUAGAAAAGCGAAGCUCGUGAGGCAGGAGAAAAAAAUGAAAAAGUUAGAGGACCAAGGCGACUCGGUUUUGUCAGUGUUGACAAGCACGACUAAUUCUUCUGACUCACAGGGAAAGACUUUAGAGGACUUUAUCAUGGAGAGUGCUGAAGGUGACCUCAAAAACACUCUCAUCCUUCGCCUAGUGCCUGCAGAAUCAACGCCCGAUAUGCUGAACAAAUCCUGGCAACUGUACGUUAAAUAUCAAAUGGCCGUCCACAAAGAAAAAGAGGACGAGUGUUCAUUUAGUAGUUUCAAGCAAUUUCUUGUAGAUAGCCCUCUACAGUCAUAUCGUGAUGGAACAACACCAAGUUGUGGUUUCGGAUCAUUUCACCAUCAGUAUUGGCUCAACGGUGUUUUAAUAGCAGUAGGUGUAAUUGAUAUUUUACCAGAAUGUGUUUCAUCCGUUUAUUUCUUUUACGACCCAGCUUAUUCCUAUCUUUCACUUGGAACUUAUGGAGCUCUUAGGGAGAUUGAAUUGGUUAGAGCUCUCUCAAAACAGUGCUCAGCUGUAUCUAACUAUUAUAUGGGCUAUUAUAUUGAUACAUGCCCCAAAAUGAGGUACAAAGGAAGGUUCAGACCUUCGUACCUUCUUUGCCCCGAGGAAUACACCUGGCACCCACUCGAAGAGUGCUUGGAAAAGAUCAAAAAAGAAAAAUACUCCAGGUUCAACAACUUGGACCCGGAGGGGAUACCGGGAAAUGUGAAUGCAGAGAAGGUUGUGAUUCUGUGGAGAAGACAGGUCAUGGAGUACAAGCAGUAUGACCACAGAACGAGACCCAGCCUGCAGGAAAAGAAUGAUAUCCAGAAGUACGCUAACCUUAUUGGUGAAGACUGCUGUAAAAGGAUUCUGCUCUACAAGCACACCUGAUUCGAUGUUAGGGAGCGUUAAAAUUUGUGUAAAAAUAUUAAUAAGAUCAAUAAAAAUAUUUAA